AUGCAAAAUCGGAUUGCGGAAGAAGAAGCAGGAUUAACAAAGAAAAGGACCCCUUGGGAGAAGGCUGCAGAAGAAAAGGCUCUAGCAUAUGUAGCGUUGAGUGGCAUGGAACAAAUGCAUCCUAGGCCGUCCGAAGAAGUCUUCGCUCAAAACCGAAAGUUCUUAAAAGACGCUGAUAAAAAGCUUCAAAAGUUUGCCCGUGAAGGCCACGACGUGGAAACCGCCUUCCGCGAAGCUUUGGAAAAGGAGCAAGGGACGAUGCUUCAAAUGAAUGCAAUGGCACAAGCUUGGAAGAAAGAGAAUCCCAAUAAAACUAAUUUCGAAUACGGUGGACCAGAAACGCAACGGUUGUACGAACAGAUCGCAGCACCGCCUAAAUCAUCCAACCGACGGGGUCAGUUUUACACUUGCGACUAUUGCAAGAAAUCGAGCACUGUCGAGUUGAAAAUGUGUGCAAGGUGCAAAAAGGUGGCCUAUUGUAAUAGAGACUGUCAAAAGACGGCGUGGAAAGCUCACAAGAAGACCUGUGUUGAAUGGACCAAGACCAAAGAUCCAAAGGAACUUGCUCUCUCGUGGGAAGAAUUGGAAGCCUUUGGUGGACGGCCUGCAGAAGGCAAGGUCUUGGAAAUUCGAGCCAUGUUGGACGAAUCCAUGAUGCGACAGGUAUUUCAAUGCAAGGAUCGACUGGGCAAGCUUCGCCGUAUCGCGGCCUACACCAACAGUCGAAGCAUUCCGGGUUUGAGACAGGGCAGUAUCAUCAAAUGGAAGAAUCCCAAGUUUCACUACUUUAUGGACGGCAGUAGUGGGGCCCGAAUCGAAGAAGAGGACCUACCCAAUGUCACUGUUUCAUAA